CUCUCUUUCGAAAAAACGAAGACCGCCUCUGCUCCCGUCUCUCUCUCUCUUGGCGGGUUUUUUUUUUCCUUUUCUUGAAACCCUAAUUCUGAGAGACGAGAAAAAGGGAUUUAUAGAUUGCAUUCUCCUUCCCAUGAUUGUUUUGGCUUCUGCAAUUGUAGCGAAAAACAACAAAAGAGGAGCUAAACAGCUGAUUGUUGAUUACCAAAUAUAAAAAACAUGGGAUCUCGAAGAGGGGCUUCCUUGCAUAAGAGUGGGACUCCAGGCAUUGUCCGCAUCAAAGCCGACUCAUCUAUCACAAAAACUGCUAGGCAGCGAAGGAGAACAACAGGUGGGGCUUAUACAAAGAGCACUGUGAGUACAGGCAUUAGCAGCACCAAAACUGAAAACUCUAUGAUUGGAACUUCAGGGUCACUGCAGAGAACAACAGGGAAAAGUGAUAUGAGUUCAUCUGGAAAAGAUUGGCAGCCUUUGCCUCCCUCCACAGUUCAAGGAUCAUGUCCGCAGAUUCAGGUUUUAGGAGGAAUAGAUCAUCUUGAAAUGGCCACGGAAAUGCCCGCAUGUGAACUUAGACAAACAUCACAACCUUUCAUGAAGCUCAAGCUCCAGCUCUUCCCAAUAGAUGAAGCUACUCGCAAAGGAUUGGAGAAGGAAGAACAUAAUCCACACCUGGAGCUUACUCUAAGAGCUCAAAAGAAGAUAUCGUCUGUGCUGAAGCACCUCAAUUCCAAGUGGGGCAGCUCAAACAUUGCGUCUGGUGAGCUCAUGCUUAUCCCAUACAACAUUCAGCAGGAAAAUCUAGCCAAUCACAGAAGAUGGACUCUGAAAGAUGCUGAUAUAAGUGCAUCAGAUGUGUAUGCAUCCAUUGGCAGUCCUGCUGUUUUCCGCCUAAGGUAUGGCUGGUUCUCCAAUCUAGAGACUGAGAACUCUCAGGUGCCUCUCAUUUCUCCCUUUUUAGAGGACCAUCCGCAAUCUGAAGACAUUCAGAAAGACCAUGCACAUCCAAAGAUCAUUUGUGGAGAUGAGCAACCAUGUCCAGACUGCAUGCCUGCAUCUACAAGUGAUCCAUUGAAUGCAACUGUGGCCAGGCCCAUACAAAUGGAUCAAGAGGUUAUAGAUUCAGAUAAUCUGAGAACGGACAACAGCACUGCAUUAUUAUCAGGGUCGUGGACUGACAAUCUAACUAAUGCAAGUUUCCGGGAUCUGUUCAUGCAAGCAUCCAUAACUGAAGAUGCCAACCGUUGUGAUCCAAUAUCUGUUGAGAGGGACUCGCUUCCUCAGCAGAUUCCAUUCAGCUGUGAUUCGUUCGAUGCUGCUAUUGCUGCCGUCAUAUCUAGUCGUCAAGGCUCAGGUCCAUCCAUGAUGACAGCAUCCCAUACAUCCAUUUGGGAUGCUGAAGAAACAUGUCAUGCAUUUCCGAUCCAAAAUAUCACUCCCUCUUCAAUGAAAGAGGGUCCGUCUUCAUCCAAAGAUGCUGCUGCUUCUUUUCGGGCUUGUAGUCAGAAUCUUGUUUUGGAUUCUAUGAGAUCCCCUGAUUUGGUUGAGGUUAACCCCCAAGUCGAGCUUACACAGGACGGUCUUGCUUGUCAAGAAGAACAAGCAGCUCAAUCACAGAUUCAUGUACAAGGUCUAGAUAGCGUUGAACCUGAUUUUGGGAUGACGGGCAUAUGUUGGUCGGAUUCUCUCGGUCCCUUUGACUUUGGUAUAUCUUCCUCCAAACAGAUUAUCAGUGGAGAUAGUAUUAGCCUCAGUGGUCUGAUUGCAAACAGUCUAGAUGCAUUCCAGAACGGCUCAUUUUUUGGCAAAGACCCAAAAGUUGCACACGAAGCCCAAGAAGCUCCGACAGCAAUGAUAGACUAAAAAAAGAUCUAAUCUUGAGAUGUGCACCUGACUCGCCCUUCUGUGGUUUGGAUCAAAACGUGCAUCCUUCAGAGUUUGUCGUUUACAAACUGACUGAUAAAUGAUGAAAUAAAGGAGUGAAUUCAGCGACAAUUUGCUAACUUAUCACUUCUGUUUAAGUGUUCUGUAGAUCUUCUGACAUGCCAUAUCUGCAACAACUGUGCUGUAUAGUUCCAAGUGGAGAUGAUUUACAGUCAAAGCUUCUUCCAACGUAAGCGUGAUAUCAAGGAUCUUGAGCCGUCUUUACAGGGUCUGCUAGAUUCCAUGUCUCCCCAACUUCAGAUCACAGUUCAAUAAUUUGGAAUCUUAAAAAGCAUACUCCCCAGCUACAGAUCACACGGCUAGUUUGAAAUGUCAUAGCGUAGACUAAAAAGCAUAUUCUUUUUAGUAGUAUUUCAAUCCUAUUGACUGGAAUGCAAAUCCCGUGGAAAACAUUUCACAAUGAUCUGUAAAAUUGUAAAAUGGAUAAUGUUUUUCAGUUGAAAAUGGAAGCAUGCUCUUUCGUGGUUGUCAUCCA